CUUCGUUCCUUCUUUCGCUCAAGUGUUUCCCUGGACGGAAGGCGCACUCUGGCGCUUGCUCCAUACACACAAUGAACCCCUCCCAGCCCGUGUCCUCUGCCAUCAAAGGCGUAGAUUUUGGAUUCUUGACCACAGAAGACGUGCGGACCAUUUCCGUCAAGCGCAUCACGAAUCCUACGACAUUCGAUUCUUUGCUUCACCCAGUUCGCGGGGGAUUACAUGAUGCUGCGCUCGGCGCUUUCUUAGACAAUCCCUGCUCGACCUGUAACUUGACAUGGAUGAAUGGAUGUCCCGGUCAUUGCGGUCAUAUCGAGCUCCCUGCUCCCGUAUACCACGUGACCUUCAUCGAUCAGCUUCUACGUCUACUUCGAGGCAGAUGUGGCUACUGCCAACACUUCAAGCUUCCCCGCGUUCAGGUCAACGAAUACGUCUGCAAGCUCCGACUAAUACGAUGCGGCCUAGUUCAAGAGGCGAACGAUAUGCACGAGCAUAUAGAUUUGACUGGGGGAAAGAACUCCAAGCCUGCCGACAACGAUUCGGAUGAGGGAGGCGAAGGCAUCAUUGGCCAGAGGAACGACUAUGUGAGGAAGGCUAUGAAAAACGCAGGCAUAUCCAAAACCAACGCACACUCCCUGAGGUGUAAGACGGAAGCUGUAAGCGACGCAAGACGGCAAGUCAUCAAACAGUUCUACGCCGAGAUGAGCAAGAGCAAGAAGUGCAGGAAUUGCGGAGGAAUUAAUCCAACAUACCGUAAAGACCGAGCAAUUAAGAUUUUCCGCAAGAACUUAUCAGCAAAGGAGAAAGCCCUCAUGGCCCAGGCAGAAAAACGAAUUCAGAAUCCGCUGGAUAUCCUCGCAAAGAGAGAAGAGAGGGGUAGCAAACGGCAGCCUCAUGCCGACGAGGGGGUCGCAGAUCUCGACCCUCCCACAUCGGAAGACGAUGAUGACGUUGAUAUGCUGGAUGCGCAAGAGGCAAAUGGUACGCUUGUCGCCCCCGAAACCAUGAUAACAUCAAGCAGAAGAUCCGAAGCCAGACCAGAGCCCCCUGAAAAUUCCCAAGAAUAUCUGACUGCUGUGGAAGUGAGAGCAGCACUUGUUCUUCUUUUUGAAAGGGAGACAGAAAUUUUGCGAUUAGUGUAUAACCCUUACUCGCGGUCGAAAAGCCAGGCGGAUAUCAGUCCGGACAUGUUUUUCUUCAACUGCGUUGUAGUUCCCCCCAACCGAUACAGGAUGGAAGACAGAACCGGCGACUCGAUUGCCGAAUCCCCGAAAAAUUCACUCUACAAGAACAUCCUGAAUGCCUGUGAUGCGAUGCGCCAAAUCAGCAAUGAAAUGAAGGGCCAGGAGAAUGAAUCGGGCUAUCGGAGACGAGACUUUGGAGAUCUACAAACUGCGUGGGUCAACCUUCAAGGAGCAGUCAAUGCGCUCGUUGACCGCGACGCGAAUCCAGUCCAGGGCCUGGCUGGGAGAAUCAAUGCGGACGGUAUCAAGCAAAAUCUAGAGAAAAAGGAAGGUCUCUUCCGGAAGAACAUGAUGGGCAAGCGUGUCAAUUUUGCCGCUCGCAGUGUCAUCUCCCCCGAUCCGAACAUUGAGACAAACGAAAUCGGCGUUCCUCCGGUGUUCGCGAUGAAGUUGACAUAUCCGGAGCCGGUGACGAAUCAUAACUUCUACGAUCUAAAAGAGGCGGUGCUAAACGGUCCAGACAAAUGGCCCGGUGCUGUUGCGAUUGAAAAUGAAUAUGGCCAGGUCAUGAAUUUGAGGAAAAAGAAUUUCGAAGAGCGACAGGCUCUGGCAAACCAGCUACUUGCACCCUCAAGCACCAGUGUAAAUGGAUCGAGGAACAAAAAGGUUCAUCGGCAUCUCAAUAACGGCGAUAUUGUCAUUAUGAACCGGCAGCCGACACUUCACAAACCGUCCAUGAUGGCGCAUCGUGCUCGAGUUCUGCCAGGAGAGAAAACAAUUCGUAUGCACUAUGCCAAUUGUAACACCUACAACGCGGAUUUUGAUGGUGACGAAAUGAAUAUGCACUUUCCCCAAAACGAGAUCGCUCGAGCAGAGGCGGCAACAAUUGCGGACACUGAUCACCAGUAUCUUUCAGCGACUGCUGGAAAGCCUCUCAGAGGGUUGAUUCAGGAUCAUAUUUCUAUGGGAGUAUGGCUCACGAACCGGGACACGUUCUUUACCCGAGAAGAGUAUCAGCAGCUUAUGUACGCCUCGCUAAGACCUGAAGAUGGACACACGACUUCUGGCACUCUUCUCACCGUUUCCCCCGCAAUUUGGAGACCGCAGCCUCUGUGGACUGGCAAACAGAUUAUUACAACUGUUUUGAAGAACAUUCAGCCUCCCGAAUACCCAGGGGUGACUUUAUCAUCCAAAUCCCAAACGAGCUUUAAGAUGUGGGGUCCAGAUUCAGAAGAGCAAAAAGUCAUCAUUAGAGAUGGGGAUUUACUCUGCGGGAUCAUGGACAAAAGCCAAAUUGGCUCCGCUGGUGGUGGGCUUGUGAACGGUAUCUAUGAGACGUAUGGCCAUACGACAGCAGGGCGGCUUCUUAGCGUGCUUGGACGUCUGCUCACCAAGCUCCUUCACAUGCGUGCGUUCUCUUGUGGUGUCGAAGAUCUUAUUCUCACCAAAGAAGGAGACCAGGCUAGACUAGAGGAGUUGAAAGAGGCGGAAAAGGCUGGCUUCGAAGUUGCAUCAAAGUAUGUUACUCUCGAUGUCCAAAAGAUCGACCCGAAUAGCCGGGAGUUGCGAAAGAGACUAGAGCAGGUAUUGCGCGAUGAGUCGAACCAGCAUGGCCUUGAUGUGCUCACCAAUAGUGCAACCGCGCGGAUUUCUUCGGCGGUCACAAUUGCUUGUUUGCCCAAGAAACUCAUCAAACCUUUCCCAAAGAACCAGAUGCAGACCAUGACAGGCUCUGGUGCAAAGGGUAGCAUUGUCAAUGCUAAUCAGAUUUCAUGCAAUCUUGGUCAGCAGGUUCUGGAAGGGCGACGUGUACCGGUCAUGGUUAGUGGAAAGACACUACCAUGUUUUAAACCAUUCGAGACAAAUGUUCGCGCUGGUGGAUAUGUUGUCAAUCGCUUCUUAACGGGAAUUCGACCGCAGGAAUACUACUUUCACACCAUGGCCGGUCGGGAAGGUCUUAUCGAUACUGCAGUCAAGACUUCCCGUUCGGGUUAUCUUCAGCGAUGUAUUAUCAAAGGUAUGGAAGGUCUUCGCGUCGAGUACGAUACGUCAGUGCGCGACUCAGACGGCAGCAUGGUCCAGUUUCUAUACGGGGAGGAUGGUCUUGACACAACGAAGCACAAAUACCUGAACGAUUUCAGGUUUCAGGCAGAGAACUUGAUGUCAUUGUCGCAGUCACUAAACCUUGCUGAGGGCUUCACUGAGGUUUGGAGCGAAAGGGCGACAGAGUACACCAAGAGUGCGUACAAGAAGUUCAGGAAGACUGGCGACACCACGGCAAUGGAUCCUGCAUUAGCAGUAUACACGCCUAGUCGCUACGCUGGCAGUGUAUCUGAAAAAUUUUAUGCUGCUAAGCGAGCGUAUUGCGAGAAUAACCCUGAUAAACUUAUCAAAAAGAAGAAAAGCGAUCCUAAUGGCGAGGUACUGCGAAGGAACUUUGACCGAGCGCUCGAUGUCAAAUAUCUUAAAUCCCUCGUCGAGCCCGGGGAAGCAGUGGGUGUUGUUGCUGGCCAGUCCAUAGGAGAACCUUCCACUCAGAUGACGCUCAACACUUUCCAUUUAGCAGGUCACUCUGCAAAGAACGUUACCCUCGGUAUUCCUCGAUUACGAGAAAUUGUCAUGACCGCUAGCUCAAAGAUCUCUACGCCUGCGAUGACGCUGUACCCACAUCCAGAGCUUUCUAAUGAGGACAACGAGAAAUUUGUGAAGAGUAUCAGUCGACUUUCACUUUCGUCUGUUCUCGAUAAGGUUACGAUUACCGAAAAGCUAGGCCCCGGCAACCACUUCGCGCAGGCUCGAAAGUACAAGAUUCGUCUAGACUUCUACCCGGCCAAAGAAUACUGUGAAGAAUAUGCUAUAAAAGUCCGAGAUGUAGCCGAAUCGUUGGAGAAGAAAUUCUGCCCUCGCCUCCAAAAGGUCGUUCGCACAGAGCUCAAAAAGAAGGCAAAUCAGCGAUCACUCUCCAGUGCCUCUGCCGCCAACUCAGCAGCCGUUCCCACUAUUGGAGAGGCAGUAGGUACCACUGAGCAACCGACAGUUCGCACCACACGAGCCGGUAACGAAGGUGGCAACGAAGAUGAGGAAAGUGAUGAUGGCGACGAUGAGGGCGAUGCUACCUACGCGAAGCAACGUGGUAACAGGGAAGAAAGCGUUGAAUUCGACGACCCAGAUGAUGAAGAACAAGCGUUCGCAGAAGGCCUCCGUCGCGAAGAUUCCCCAGUUAUCUCAGAAGACGAGACCUACGGCAGCAGUCCCAAACCAUCCCGCAACUCGACACCAGAUCCCGAUACAGGCGCGGAGGAAGACGAUGAAUUGCUUGUCGCACUCGAAGAAGCCUCCGCCAUCCGUCGCGAACGCAUCUGCAAAGACUGCAGUGAUAUCUCCGACUUCAAAUUCGAUGACAAAAGCGGUGGAUACUGCGAGAUCGAAUUCGAGUUCACUGCCUUCACCGCGAAACUGCUGAUGCUGCAUCAUGUCGAAUACGCUGCGGACUUUGCUACUAUUCACGUCAUUCCCGGCAUCAAGCAAGCUUUGCUCUCGUCCGAAAAAAACCCAGACCCGCUCACAGGUGAAGACGUCGACAUCCCCGUCGUCGUAACCGAAGGCGCCAAUCUCACAGCCAUGCGUGAAUACCCUCAUAUCAUCGACACCUCCCGCCUCUUCACUAACGACAUCGUUGCAAUGCUCAAUCUCUACGGCGUAGAAGCCUGCCGCGCGACCAUCAUCCGCGAAAUGCACGCGGUUUUCCAUGGCCACAGUAUCAGUGUCGACAAUCGACAUCUCAACCUCAUCGCGGACACGAUGACCAAAGGCGGGGGCUUCACUCCGUUUAAUCGCAUUGGCCUGAAGGGGAAUGUGAGUCCGUUCAUGAAAAUGAGCUUUGAGACAACAGUCGCUUUUUUGAGAGAUGCGGUGUUGGAGAGGGAUACCGAGGAGUUGAAAAACCCGAGUGCGAGAAUUGUGGUCGGGAGAUUGGGGACAGUGGGGACGGGGGCGUUUGAUGUGCUGGCGCCGGUGGUGGUAAGGGACCCGCUGAAGGCUGGGGUGGAGGUUAAUCCUGAGAAUACGAUCGACAGCGCGCAGGAGGAUGUUGAGAUGGAGGUGGAGAAGGAAGUAGAAGUUGAGGUUGUGGAAAAGAGUCCGAAGAAGAAGAGGAAGAGGGAUCAGAAGAGGGGCGGGUAGACAUUUGAGCGCUAUUGUCAAGCGGUGUAGUUCACAUGGAAAAUAGGCGGCGCUUUUGGGAGAAUGUUGAAGGGCCCGGAGUUCAAACUAGUUCAACAUGUGUAGUUGUC